AAUGUCAGAGGAAGAAGAGGACUUUCUUGAUGACAUUAUAACUGAUCCUGAUUAUUUGCAGUUAGAUGAUGACCAUAUUGAAAGUGCUGACUCCCAGGAUUCAAGUUUUAUGGGAUCUCAGGAACCGCUUGGUAGCAUCUAUUGGCAGGAUGAGACGGUAGAUGAUGAACAGUGCCCUGACAACAAACAAACCCAAUUUACACCCAAUCUACCACCAGGGGUAAAUACAGAGAGACUGAGAAAGAAUUCCCUUAAGACUAAAACACAUGGAUUUCUUGAGGUUAUUUCUAACAUCACAGCUAAUAACAUCCCUGUGCAUUGCAACCAAUCACUUUGCUGAGUCUCUUGUUAAUAAAGGCAAAUUCACCUCCUAUGCCAAGCCGGAUGGAACUUGGUGCAGAGUGACAGAGGAAGAAAUGUAUAAAUUUAUAUGUAUUAUCAUAUACAUGUCCUUCACAAAGAUGUCCACUAUGGAUAGAUAUUGGGCCUCAAACUACUUGUAUCGUUUCAAUCCUGUGCCCCUCCUACUUCCAAAGAGACGUUUCCAGUCCAUCCUGGCGUUCCUACAGAUAACACCUCCAGCAGACAUUGAUAAAAGUGACAAACUCACUCGAAUUACACCCCUUCUAGAUCAUGUCAACGCAGUAUCCCAGGAAUUGUUCCAACCCUUUCGUCAAAUAGCAAUAGAUGAGAGAAUGGUUGCUUCAAGACACAGAUUUUCUGGAAUACGCCAGUUUAUAAAAGAUAACCCUGUGAAGUUUGGCUUAAAGUUGUGGAUACUUGCUGAUACUCAAACUGGAUAUACCUAUAAUUUUUAUGUGUAUUUAGGUAAAAAACGGUCAGAAAUUAUUGACAAGGGAAAGGGUUUAGCUUACAAUGUUGUUUUCAAACUUAUAUCUCCUCUGUUGAAUCAAGGCUAUCACUUAUUUGUAGAUAAUUUUUAUACAUCAUUGAAUUUGAUUAAAGACUUGCUAGCCAAAUCCACCUAUCUCAUAGGUGCGGUCCGCAAAAACAGUACAGCAAUGCCACUGUGUUUCAAAACAUCUGUUGAUCAGUGGGAAAAAGCUACAAGUAGAGGCGAUUUCAGAUGGCAUAGACAAGAUGGAUAGGUAACUGUACAGUGGAAAGAUUGUAGAACUGUUACGAUUGUGUCUCCAAUUCAUAAAGGCUCAGAUGUUACAUCAUGUGUACGUACUGUUAAACAUAGAACUGGUUUUAAGAAAACCAAUGUG